UUGGGCGUCCUUGCCGAAGCAAACAGCGUCAUGACGUCUGAAACUCCUGAAGCAAUUGUGAAAAGGCUCGAGACGUCCCAAAUCACGUACUUUCCAGCCGAAAACUCGACGGGCACUGGCGUCCUCGUAUGUCCCGGUGGCGGAUAUGCUCGCGUGUCCAUAUCAAAAGAGGGAUAUAUCCCGGCGGCGUUCCUGAACAAUCUUGGCAUCGAUGCCUGGGUUCUCGACUACACCACGGCCUCCAACGCAACCGCGCCGAUCUAUCCCAAGCCUCAAGAAGAGGCACUUGACGCCUUGAACUACAUUCGCGAGCAGAAUCGCACCACCAAGCUCGGUAUCUGGGGUUUCUCGGCCGGCGGCCAUCUCGCGGCAGUUACCCUCACAAACCCGGAGGCCAAGCUCGACUUCGGCAUUCUUGCGUAUCCCGUCAUCACCCUUGAAGGCAAUUACACGCAUGUUGGCUCGCGCAACAACCUUAUCGGCGCUAACUCGACUACUGAUAUGCAGCAUCAGCUGUCAGCACAGAACCUGGUCUCCGCGACAACGCCGCCUACCUUCUUGUUCCAUACUUUGAAUGAUGGAAGCGUCCCUGUCCAGAACACACUCAUGUUUGCUGAGGCCAUGGCGGCCUACAAGCGACCAACACAGGUUCUUGUUCUUCCUGACGGGUCGCAUGGGCUGGGUUUGGCUCUCGAUGAUCCUAAGCGCAGUUGGACCCCUGAACUGGCAAGGUUCUUGCAGUACUCGAUUUGA